AUGGCUACUUAUCUAAAAGGAAAAAAGUCAGUUCUUUGGAAUUUCUUUACUCCUCAAAAUGAAAUUAAAGCAACUUGUAAUUUAUGUAAACAAAGUUUGUCGUACAAAUCGUCAAUUAGUAACCUAAAACAGCAUAUUCAGAGAAAACAUCCGUUAGUCAAAUUAGUAGAAGAAAGCUCCGAGAGAAGUACCUCAGGAACAAUAGUUAUCCCAUCUACUUUGACUGAUUCCACACCAUCCAUACUGCAACCGCCAGAAAAUCUAGCUGAUACUGCGUCAUCAAUAUAUGAACAACAUCAAAGAAACCUUUCUCCAGAUACAGGCCAUUCAACACAAAGCAAAGUCAUGCGCAAACUAUACCAGACACAUCUAAGGGUACCAAAAAAAAUUGGGUUUUCACAAAAAAAAGUUAUUGAUGACAAACUUUUAAAAUUAAUCACGGUGGAUUUACAACCAUUUUCUAUAGUUGAAGAUGAAGCUUUUAAAGAAUACACAUAUGCUCUGAAUUCGUCGUAUAGUUUACCAAGUCGUAAAACAUUAUCAAACACUUUAUUGCCAGCAAAAUAUGAGGAACUCCACAUCAAAGUCACGGAAGUUUUAAAAAGUGCAAAAUCAGUUUCAAUAACUACUGACGGCUGGACCUCUAUAAAUAAUGACUCGUUUAUCGCAGUGACUGCACAUUUUAUAGAUGACAAUUUUCAAAUAAAAUCAGUUUUAUUGGAGGUCGGUGUAUGUAAGUUCAACCACACUAGUAGGCAUUUAGCAGAUGACCUUAACAGAGUAGUAUCUGAGUGGGGCUUAGAAAAUAAAAUUUUUUUAGCGUUGUCUGACAACGCGGCCAAUAUUAAAAAAGCCAUAAUUGACGAGCUGAAGUGGAAACAUCUACCCUGUAUAGCCCACACAAUAAAUUUAAUUGUUAAAGAUGCCUUGACAGUGGUUGAAAAUCUUGUAAGCAAGAUAUCAGAUAUUGUGUCUCAUUUUAAACGCAGUACGGUGGCAAAAAAUAAAUUGGACUUCUAUCAGAAGCAGAAUGGCAAGGAACCAAAAAAAUUGGUUCAGUCAGUUGCUACAAGAUGGAACUCCGUAUUUUACAUGUUUCGAAGAAUAACGGAACUAAAGGAAGAAGUACGAGCAUCCCUGGCUGCACUCGGAAAGGAAGACUGGCCGAUGCUUUCCAAUCAAGAGUUUGAUUAUGUGACUGAAAUAAUUGAGAUACUUGCACCAAUGGAGUCAACAACAGUUAUCAUGAGUGCUGAAAAUUAUGUAGCUCUUUCGUCAGUCAUAAUAAUCACGAAUGGCUUACGGGAUUUGUACAAAGAUAUAUCAAAAAAAAGUUUUUCUCCUUUAUCUGAAAGUGUUCUCCAGCAAAUUAUAAAUGGCAUAGAUACUCGUUUUAAAAAUUUAGAAUCAAGUUCUACGCUUUUAUUAAGUACAUUCUUAGAUCCUCGUUUCAAGCAUGUUGGAUUUUCAGCAGAAUCCUUCGUAGAAAAGGCCAAAAAUUUAGCUACUAAUGCUUUAACACCAAUAGUUGAACAAAAAACCAAAGAUAACGAUACCUCAUUAAGUGUAAGUGUGCCGCAACCACAAAAUACAGAAAGUAAAAACGUGUCAAUAUGGAGCACAUUUGACGCAAAGGCGUCUAAUUUUACUCCAUCUGGAACAAAAAGAUCUCGCGCUAUUCUCGAAAUCCAAAGGUAUUUAGAAGAACCUCUUUUAAACCGGUCAAAAAAUCCGGUACAGUGGUGGAAAGAACAUUCUUAUAAUUUCCCGCACCUUAGCGAACUUGUUAAAUUAAAAUUUGGUACAGUAGCUACUUCUGUACCUUGUGAAAGGACAUUUUCAAAAAGUGGGCAGUUAAUUUCCGAUCGUCGAAACAGAUUAUCAUCGUCUAAAGUUAAACAAAUUAUGUUUGAGAGGGAAGUGACUUCAUCCAUCCAUCCAUCGGAGAAUCAUAAUGAUCAUAAUUAUAGUGCGAGCUUCACAGAAGAAAAUGGCCAAAAUUAUAUCGGUGUUACUAAUUUAAUGAAUGAAAAUUGUUUUCGUUCUAUUGACAAUGUAAAUAAUAUUUUAAAUCUAUCACCUUCAACGAGUUAUCAUAAUCAAAAUGCUUAUGUUACCACCACUGAAACCAAUGACGAUAAUGAAAAAUUAGAUACAUUUGUGCCUAAAAAUUAUCCUAAUCAGAUUAAUACUACUGAACCCAUUAAUUUCAAUAACUCACCAAAAGUGGUAAAAAAUAGAAGUAAAAUCAAUGUAAAUACUUCGAAAUUAUCAUAUCGAACAGGCCACUAUUUUGCUUACUGUCGGCGAUUAUCGGAAAAUUGGGAAAUUUACAAUGAUUGUUCGCCUAAACCGGAAUCAGCAACUCUUCAUACCGAAGUAGUAGAACCCCACGGAGUCUUUUAUAUUUUGGACGAAAAUAAAUAA